GGAGGAAUACCUAACCAAUGUAUAGGGCAAGCGAACAAAGAAGGUUGGAAUUUGCGGAAAGUAUGGAACGCAUUGUGAAGAAGAUUGAGAUCAGCCAGCACGGAACGUAUACGUGCGCUUUCUGCGGAAAGAACACUGUGAAGCGUUCUUGCGUCGGCAUCUGGGAGUGCAAGAAGUGCAAGAAGGUGGUUGCUGGAGGAGCUUGGUCCAUUUCGACUCCUACGGCUCUCACGGUGCGUUCUUCGAUUCAGAGACUUCGCCGUUCGAAGAUUGAAGCCUAAUCUCUCUGCUGUCUGAGAAUAGUGUCAUUUUGUUACAUUC